AUGUCGAGAUACGGCUGGUCUAUCGGCCGCGAACAGAUCUCGCCCUACAGCUCCAUGCCGAGCGGCGUCCCCGCUGUCACCGACGACGAUUUUAGCUACAUUACCUCUCAAGAUCUCGAUGGCGUCACCGAAGAACGAUACUAUCCUAGAUCCCACUCGACUGCACCCCCACCAGCACCGGAAGAUGAUAUCCUCUUGAUUAAGAAUCGAGGCAUCACAUAUCCGGCUCACUUCCCCGCCUAUGCGAUCGGAGAUGGAAAGCUGCGAGUGAUAGAUGUGAAGGAUCGGGUUGGCCUUAUGAUGGAACUCCCCGAGCGCGGAACAUCUCGCAUCAAGCUUCUCUACAAGGGAAAGCAGCUCAAGGACCCUAUGGCACCAAUUCGAGAUUAUGGUGUGAAAAACAACAGCGAGCUGAUGGCAGUCAUGCCCGAGAUUGAUGAUGUCAGCAGCGGUUCAGAGGAGGAGAUGGUUGUUGUCGAUGCUCCUAGAGACGACAGGAAGACCCGUCGCCGCAAGAAGAAGCGUGAUAAGAAGAAGGGUAUCACUAGCGACGGUGAUUCUCUAUCCGGUAGCCCUCGCGACAGCGCUUCUACUUUUGACCACCCUAGAUCACCUCCAGCACCACCCACAUCUUCAGGCGCCACCAGUGGUCCCAUGAAGGUUUUGGACGAUCUUGCCGUUGAGCUCCAGAUCAAGUGGUUGCCUUUGGCCUCUGACUACAUUGCGUCGCCGCCCUCAGACCCCAAGAAGCGAGAGGAGGAUCAUCGCAAACUAUCUGAAAGCAUCAUGAUGCACAUCAUGCUAAAAUUGGACGGAGUUGAAGCCGAAGGAAUGCCAGAGGUCAGAGCGCGAAGGAAAGAAUUGGUAAGGCAGGUUCAGAAUACGUUGAAGGAUCUGGACGUUGCGAAGGAAGCUCUAGCCCGCAAUUAA